ACGACAUUGUCAUGCACUUCUGUUCCAGCUCUGCAAACGAUCUUUUCUCGCUCUAAUACCCGCUGUCCCUUCUCUUCUCUUUCUUCUAAUACAUCCUUCCCGACUCGACUAUAACGCCCUGCUCUGACUUUUACUCUUCUUUGCACGCAUUCAUGUCUCGCCUGCUCUCCGACUACAAAUCUUUAGCACACUCGUCGCCCCGCAGCAACGUUUCUAAUGUACUCAAGUCAAUAACUAAUGCCUCGCCGACCACCGUAGACGACAGCACGCGCAGGGAGCUCGUGCAGGAGCUCCUCAACGACCUCGAUGCCACAGCAGCAGGCGAAAAGACUUCCCGGCUCUCGGCCAAAGACGCCGCCGACGCGCUCCUCGCCGUCAAGACCCUCGGCCGUCAUCCCACCUCCUCCGAGGUCAUCUCCUCCCCGCCCAAUCUGCGCGCCCUCCUCGCCGUGUUUAAUUCGUACAGGGACGACCAGGACGUGUCGAACGAAGCACUGCGCUGCGUCGCCAACGCGCUGCUCCUCGUUGAGCAGGGCCGGCUUAACUGGAUCGACAUCGGUGGCGCGCGGACGUGCGUCCUCCUGCUCGAGAAAUCCACCUCCCCAGACCGCAUAUUCCUCCUGUCCCGCAUCCUCUUCCUUUGCACCGUCUCCCUCUCCUCCGCCUCCUUCAUCUGCUCGCUAGUGGAGGACGUCCCCGCUGCUCAGACUGGCACCAUCGUCGACAUCAUCGGCGCCAAGCUCGACCUGCUCACCUCCUCCAUCCUCGCCGGCGCCAAGAUGAGCCGCGAGGCCAUGACCGACCUCCUCAAGCUGACGUUCAACUUACUUGCUCAUUAUCCCAAGCUGGCGGAACCGAGCGAUUCGAAAGAGGCAGGGUCGAGCAAAGGGGACGAGAGACUGGUUAUCGGGGACCGUUGGAGCGAGCGUCUCGACGGCAUCCUCCCGCCCCUGCUGCGCGCCUUCAACACACUCCCGCCGACCUUCCCCUCCCCUAUCGCCGCGCCCCUCUCACACGUCAUCCACUCCCUCAUCACCAUCCCCAUCGCGCCCCUCCGCGCGCAAUGGCUCGGCGCGCCUUCGUCUCCCUCGCCCAAGCCGUCUCGCUCCUCCACGUCCGAUUCGCACCCGUCCUCGCGGCCAGCCUCCCCCGCGCAUGCCACCCCGAGCCCCAAGCCGGGCGCGUUUGACCGCGCGAUCUCCGCGCUCUCCGCCGGGCGCCGCUCGCUCUCCUCGCGGCCGUCCUCCCCGCGCCGCUCGCCGCCGCCCGUGCACGACUCGCUCCUGCGCGCGCACGACCUCCUCGAGGUCUCCUUCAGCCACUACCUCCCGGGCGCGGUCGACCCCGACGACGCGAGCGUGCGCGAGCGCGUGCGGAAGGAGGGCGACCACACGCUCGACGAUAUCAUGAGCCCGCUGGUCGCGCUCGUGACGCGGUUCUGCGUGGACGACGAGGCGAGCCGCGUCAGGAUGCGCGAGUGGGUGAUCCCGCGCGACCUGGACCGCACGGCGCCGCUCGAGGGGCGCGCGGACAUGCUCGGGCGGUGCCUGCGCCUGCUCUCGAGCGUGUACCACCCGCGGCUCAAAGACGCCGUCGGCGAGAUGCUUUAUGCGAUCUGCGACUCCGAUGCCGGUGUCCUCGCCUCGCAAGUCGGCUACGGCAACGUCGCCGGGUUCCUCUACAACAAGGGCAUCAUGUCUGCGCCGCCGCGCCCCGCCUCCUCCACGGCACCGACGACCGCGCCCACAGGCGAGCCCAUCAACCCCAUCACGGGCACCGUGCACGUCGAGCACCCCGAGCCCGAGAUGACCGAGGAGGAGAAGCAGCAGGAGAUGGAGAAGCUCAUGACGCUCUUCGAGCGCCUCGAGAAGACCGGCACGGUCAAGAUCCAAAAGCGCGGCGACCCGUCUGCGGCCCCGGACUCGUAG